ACUACCGAUUUCGAAGAACUUAGACACUUUGCCAUAAAAUGAAUCGAAAUAUAACGGUUAUCGUUAUCUGCUUAUUUUCCCUCUCGCUUACCAAAACGACGCAAGCGCAAUCAAUUGAUGAUUUGCUAAGUAAAAUAUUUACAUCUUCAACACCACAACCACAAGCUGAUGUUGGUGGUGGAAAAGCUUGUGGCGUGAACAAAGAGUGUGUUGAGCGUUUUCUGUGCGAUGAAAAUGGUGCAGUGGUAAGAAAUGGUGAAACCAUCAUUGAUAUACGCUUCGGUGAUGAAAACUCAUGUAACUAUUUAGAAGUGUGCUGUAGUACCGAAGAAAAGUUAACAGAACCGAAUGUGCCCAUCAAACCAGCUGACGCCCACACGGGUUGUGGUUAUCGUAAUCCAAGUGGCGUUGGCUUUAGAAUUACUGGCGACAAAGAUGGCGAGUCACAGUUUGGUGAAUUCCCCUGGAUGGUUGCCAUUUUGCGUGACGAGGUAAUUGGUGGCGAGACCUUACAAGUUUACGUAUGUGGCGGCUCUGUAAUCGCGCCAAAUGUCGUCUUGACAGCUGCACAUUGUGCGCAAAACGCUCAGCCACACUUAACGAUAGCACGGGCCGGUGAGUGGGACACCAAUACCAAACAGGAGGUGUUGCCACAUCAAGACGUACGUGUCAAGGAGGUUAUUCGUCAUGAGCGCUACAACAAAGGCGCACUCUACAAUGAUGUAGCGCUAUUCAUUUUGGUAACACCUUUCACUUGGGCGGAAAAUGUACGUCCUAUCUGCUUGCCGGAACCGGCCGCCAAUUUCGACUAUUCACGUUGUUUUGCCACCGGUUGGGGCAAAACGAAGUUUGGCAAAGAAUCCGAUUAUCCGAUGAUUUUAAAGAAAAUCGAACUGCCUGCAGUGCCACAUGAUGUUUGCCAAGCAAAUCUACGUAAAACACGUCUGGGACGAUUUUUCCAAUUACAUCAAAGUUUCAUGUGUGCCGGUGGUGAGGAGGGCAAAGAUGCCUGUAAAGGGGAUGGUGGCUCACCAUUGGUAUGUCCCGACCCAAAUAAUCCGAAACGUUACUAUCAAGCUGGCAUUGUGGCUUGGGGUAUAGGUUGUGGUGCUAUUAAUGUUCCGGGAGUCUACGCGAAUGUGGCAUACCUUCGCAAUUGGAUAAAUACGAACCUGGCUGCACGUGGCAUUGAUUUUCAACAUUUCACGGUUUGAGAAGUUGUUUCUGAUUUAAGUU